UAAAACGGCACCAUCUUGUAAUAUACCAUCCAAAACACGUACUGAAUGUGUUUUUCUUUUCAAAUAAUUUGUGUAUGGAAGUAAAAGAAGUAGCCUAAGGCUUAAUAUAAUUUCCUUUUGUGCCUAGAUUAAAUGAGAUCUAUAGUAAGUCAUGGUAUAAAUUAUUUUAGUCAUCUUAGCGCCAAGUCUAGUGAGUAGAAAUAACGAGAUCUUACUUUACAUAAAAAAACAACAGUAAAUCUCUUCAUGUUUAACUAUCAGUAGGUCACAUUGGCAACCAGUCCGAUAAGACUCUAUAAGAGUCUAUAGCAUACUUUGUGUUGUAGUUGGAAUGUUAUCAGCAAACAAGAUAUUAAGUUCAGAUAGUAAUAGCUAUCAAGUCAAAGGAUCACAUUACAAUAAAAUGAAACAUCGGUAUUUAGAAAAUCAACAAAAUCAGCGUACUCCACGUAGAGAUCCUAAAAUGGAUCAUCUUAUUAUAGAACCAGAGACCGUCGCAAAUUAUGACCCUUACACAAAAGCUAAAAUCAGAAGACAGGUUGCUGACUGCCUCAAGGAAGAAAUACAAAAAGCAAAAGCUUUCGUAGAUCGAGAAACGAAGCGAUGCCGAAGUUAUUUUAACUACACUGGGAAAGAAAUUCAACUAAAAAAUGUGGACAAGAGAAAAAUUAACCCUAUGAGUAGUGAUUAUUUAGAUGAACUUGAUGAAGUCCUUAGAAAGAAAGGUACAGUAGAAGAAUGUCGCAUUUUCAACCAGAAUAGCAAACAAAGUCAGCAGAAGCUUAAGCGUAGAGCUAAGAAAAACGUUUCUAGUUGUUUCAAAGAAGAAAAACAAUCGAAAAAAUGUUUGAGCAAAAAAAAGACAUGGACACAAUUGAAAGUUAAUACUUCACGUGAAAAAGUCGAACCAAAAUGUUCUUCGUUAGACACAAAGAAAAACAACUUCUCAUUAGAAUUUCUACAAAAUGAUUCGGAAAGAAAUCUUUUUGGCUGGAAUGAUAAAACCUCUACAGCUCUGUCCUCUACAUCUUCGCCUACUUCUUGUCUCAGACAAGGUCAGUUUUUUAAAACAUAUUUUGAAAAAGAUCAAGUAAACUUUUUAGAAAAUCUCACAAACGAUUUUAAUUUGAAAAAAUCAAAAUCCUUCAUGAAAUCCUUAGCAUCAAUUAUACAAGAGAAAACAAAAACUCUCUGUGAUUCAUCGUGCCUUAAUAUAGAUCCUACCCAUACUUGUUGUUGGGAUCAUCACAGAAUAAGAGAAAAUAAACCAUUUACAACCAAAACUACCAAUUCAGCAAUAAAUGUAGCUGUUGAUUCUCAAUGUUUAUCGCAAACCAACAAGAAUUCAGAAAGGGCCAAAACAUCUAACUACUUCAAUUCUGAAAGACAAGAACCUUUAACCUAUUUGUCUAAUCAUGAUGCAUUUCAGAACAGUUCUUUCUCAAUGAAUGGAUCAGUUCCACAGAAUGAAAUCAAUGAAAUAAAUUUGUGUUACAAAUAUAGACCAAGAUAUUUGAAUACUUCAAGACAACAUCUACAUUCUGAUACACAGAUAGAUCUAGAAGAUACACCUUUGUGUGGCUUCAUAAAAAGUUCAAUUUCUAAAAACGAGUUAUUUGCACAUAAAUAUAAAGAUGAAAUAUUGCCACCCUUACCAUCUCCAGCACACACACAAGACAAAUCAUGUUAUCACUAUUCCAAUAAAACGUUAAAUGGUGAUGAAUUAGUUUACCACAAAAGCUGUUUUCCUGUAGAACCACCACUAGAAAGACCAACCAGUGAAAUGUCACACAUUUUGUCGAUUAUAAACAGUAGAUGUAAUCAGAACAAGUAUUUGACAAAGUCUAGGUCUGAAUGGAACCCUAUUCACGAUAAUACAAUGUAUGGAACAAAGAAAAGCAUAAAUCGAAAUAAAGAUUCAAACUUUGCAAGUUCUGCAAGACCGUGCCCACAUAAAUAUGAUAUUGAACAAUGCGACAAGUUUUCUAAUUCUCGAUGCACUUAUCCAUUGAAAGUCGUAAGCACUGACGAUCAAACAUUGAGUACUUUUAACACUUUGAGUCCUAAUCCUAAUAACGUAGCUAGCCUAAAUGAAACUAUCUCGUUCAACCAUUCGUCUUUCAACAGUUCGCCAAAGUCAAGUUUUGACUUGCAUGAAGUGAAUCUAACACCAAGAAAUACUUUAUGGAAUGUUAGUGAUCAACACAAAUUUUCCUCGUUACAUAUGAUUGACUUAGAUAAUCUUUCCUAUUCAUUUGAAACAGCUGAUAGUCCAACAUCUUUGACCUGUAAAAUAUCACAGUUGAAUAAACGUUUUCAAAAGAGCGAUAAGUAUGAAAAAGAUUUUACUUAUGACAAUCGUGACAACGACCUCCAGAAGACCACCAAAGAAAUUUCAGUCGAAGAGAAAUUUGAUAUAAAACCCUUUUUAAAACACAGUGAACUUGCUCCACAAGACCUGAAGGGUGAUUUAUUAGAAAAGCAACAAAGAGAUUAUACAUUUUACAUGAAGGAGAAACAAGUUAAUAGAAAAUUAGAAAGUAAUCUGCGAAAUACCUGGUACAGAGAUCGUACUCUACAAAGUGCAACAAACAAAAGUGACUUUUCACAACAAAAAGAUGAUUUACGAUCUAUAGAUUUGUGUAAGGACGUCAAUCAACACUAUGAACUGGACAGAAAAUGUAAUAUAGGAAGUAUAUACAACAGAAACUUUAGUGAAUUAGAUAACACUAGCAAAUAUAAGCUAGAUACUUAUAGAAAAUUUGAUCAAGGAGAUACUGGUAACAGAGAAGAUAAUCUACUAGAUACUGACCACAGAAAAUGUAAUCAGGGAGAUACUGGUAACAGAGAAGAUAAUCUACUAGAUACUGACCACAAAAAAUGUGAUCAGGGAGAUACUGGUAACAGAGAAGAUAAUCUACUAGAUACUCACCACAGAAAAUGUGAUCAGGGAGAUACUGGUAACAGAGAAGAUAAUCUACUAGAUACUGACCACAGAAAAUGUGAUCAGGGAGAUACUGGUAACAGAGAAGAUAAUCUACUAGAUACUCACCACAGAAAAUGUGAUCAGGGAGAUACUGGUAACAGAGAAGAUAAUCUACUAGAUACUGACCACAGAAAAUGUGAUCAGGGAGAUACUGAUAACAGAGAAGAUAAUCUACUAGAUACUCACCACAGAAAAUGUGAUCAGGGAGAUACUGGUAACAGAAAAGAUAAUCUACUAGAUACUGACCACAGAAAAUGUGAUCAGGGAGAUACUGGUAACAGAGAAGGUGAUAUAGGAAAUAUGGAAUACGGAAAAAGAAGCUUGCGAGAUACAGACCACACUGAAGGUAAUGUACACGAUACAGAUAAGAACGACAUUAAUCCGCAACUUGACAGGAAAGUAUUUAAUGCUUAUACUGGGAACAGAGAAAGUGAUAUACGAAAUAUAGACAACAAAGACGACAAUCGCCAGUAUAAGAUGGACUGGGAAUGCUAUCCACAAGGUACAGAGGACAGAAAAUGUAAGUUACAAAAUAAAAACGACAACGAUAUUCAACUACAAAAAAGCAAAUUUCAAGUGAGUUUCUAUCAGACCAAUGUUACUGGAAAAAAUCCUCGAAAUAUUGGCUAUAAUACCGUACUCUCACAGCAAACUAACAAGCUUGACGUUGGUGACAUAGACAAAAGUAUGCGAUUUACUCCAAACACUAAAACUAUUGAGAGUUAUACAGAAGAUAUUAAUUCUAGUAAACGAGAUGAAAAAAUAAUUCAAACGAAGUUAAUUACGUCAGAAAAUAGUCUUCGAAAAGUUUUAACUGCAAUUAAAGGAAAUGAAUUUAAGAAAAUAUCCAAGAUAGAAAAACGUGCCAAUUACACAAAUGUUAACUGUUUGGACAAAAGAUGCAGCCCGGGAAAAGUUUCAGCAAAACUUCUAUCUACACCAAUUACAGACAUUGAUAAAGAUAGUUACAAAAAUAUUCUGAAAUCAAAACUUAGUGUUGAAAGUCUAGAAAAUGUUUCACACCUUACUUUACACAGAUCUGAACAAGAAAGUGAUGCCAGUAUGUACAAAGGUUUCUCAAAGAAAUGUGUGGGUCCUCGUACAUUAGAUGAGGAGAUCCACACAAUAACAUUGGAUUGCAAAAAUGACAGUUUUUUAUUGAAUAAUAAAAUGAUACUGAAGAGUUCUUCGGAUAAUCCAAUGCCUCUGGCUUUAACAUGUCUUGAUCACGUUGCUCACAAAUUAUUGAACGAAGAAAAACCUGACCUUGGUAGAGCUUUAAACUUUUUGGAAACCUUCUCACAUGUCAAACCAGUCAUUGCGAAUACGAAAUAUCAACAGCUGCUAACAUCCUUAUCUCCUAGUAAAGUUGAUAUGUUUGAUGAUGACACUAGUACAUGGACUACAUCUUCCACCAUUAUUAGAUCUAAUGAAAACGUUCUUUGUAAUGAAAACAAUAAAAUUCCUACUGCAGGUUCAUAUUGCCAUGCCCUAGUUGAUAACGAACGAAAUGAAAUGAACAAAAAAGAUAAGAUGACUAUGAUCAAGGACAUAAAGAGGAAAGAGAAUAAUAACAAUGAAUAUGAGAAAGACUUUAUCAAUAAUGAAACCAGUCCAACUAAUAAGAUAACAAUUGAUAGCAUGACUCAUAACAGAAUAGACAAACAAAGUCAAAUCCUUCCAACUGCAAACAAUUUGAACCUUUCACACGAUCCACUAGUUGUGACAAAGGUAGAGACGAUAAGUGAUACAAAGGAUGAUAAAGAUAUAAAUUUGGACCAGUCAAACGGUGCAUAUUAUUUUGAAACUAUUGAGCCGUCUGUUGAUAUGUCAUGUACACAGUUUGCUAGAAAGUCUUUAAGUUUAAAAACAAAACAACAAUGUCAAGAUAAUGUAUGCAGAAAACACGACAUAACAUUUACAGCAUAUAAAAUAAACAAUAAACAAAAAGAACGUAGCGUCAAGUGGCGUGAUAUUAAUGUACACAAAGAUUAUAUCGCUACAGAAAGCACUGAGAAGCAUAAUAUACAUUUUGAACCAAACAAAGAAAGUUUUAAUUUGGAAAAGACUCGUGAAUGUGAAGAAAACAUUGAACAAAAAGUGACAAAACCCUUACCCAAGAAAUGUGCAUUCAACAAAACUCGUAGCUCAAUUCCUGUAGUGAAUCAAGCUAAAAAAUUUGCAAAAACAAGUAAAGAAGUCUUGAGACAAACUUCACCAGCAAUUUUACACAAAAUUAAAAUGAAAACGUCCCUUAAAGCACAAUCUACAUUACUUGGACUUCCUGACUGUAUUGUGCCAUGCACUAGAGGAGUUCGAGUUAAGACAUUUCACGGUCAGAAUGUUUUGUCAGGUUUAGAGUCAAAAUUAAGACUUCAGGAAUCAAAGCAGCUAUCUUUUGCUAUUACUAAGAAUGUCAAUAAUCACACAAAAUAUUCUAAGACCUAUUUAAAACCAGAAUCUAGUGUUUGUUCAAAGAAAUAUAACAUAAUAAAGAGACUAGCUGAAAGCAGUAGGGCUGUUGUCUCCCCAUUCAAUACCAAAAAGGCUCGAACUCAAGCAGUACCCUAUGAACAAUGGAUCACAAAGUUAUCCCAAAGUACAAAACUGAAUAGGAUGGUUGAAACACAAGAUCUUGUGGUUAUUGACCUAGAUGAUGAAACCCUUACGAGACCACCUGUGACAAUUAAAACAUAUGGUUCAAAAUCAGCAUUACCAGUAAAUAUUGAAACUUAUGAAAUAAAAUUAUCAUCUCCUCAAUUUACAGUUAAAACUCAAAGAUACCCAGUACAUCAGUCAAAUCAGUCAAGCAAAAUGUUCUCUUCUGUUUGCUUGACAGGAAAUCAAUGACAUCAGUUUGAUUCAAGUCAACAUGAUGUCACGCUGCCUUACAUUUUGCUUUGUGUUCAUUCGGAUAUUUGAAUGAACUGUAAAACAUUUCAGAACGAAAGUUCCAGACCUAAAGCAUAUUGGAGCACUUGCAAUCAAACAAAUAGUUUGUUUCUAAAGUCAUUGAGUUUAAAGUCAAUUAUCACGCUAACUCAAAGGCGGCACACAAGCACCAGGAAUAUUCAAGCCAUGGUCUUGUUUUAAUCUUCAAGUUUUAAAUCAAUGGACUACACUCUGAAAUUAAUUCAACAUGUAUGGCAUGUGCAAGAACCAAAUGUGAAGCAAUCGUAAGUAAAGCUUUGGCCGCUUUAUAAUGAACAAAGCAAAGAAGCAGAUGAAAGUGGAAGUAAUAGUAAAAAUCGACCAAGUUUGAAAUUACUAGGAGAAUUGGCAUUUCAACUAGAGAGACGCAUUUUGGACUAUGUCUUUGGAAUGAUUCACGGAGAAUUCGCCCAGGAAAUGGUGAAUAAAUAUGGAUUGCUGGCGUGCCCACCGGAUGAAUCAACCAUUCAAAUGUUUGGACUUAAUGAUUCCUCUUCGAUAGCAUGCUUAAUUCAACAAUUAGCACAAGGUCCUAGCGAAAUAAGCAACUUCACCAUUUUACUGAAUUGCUUAAAAUACUUGUGCAAAUGUGAUAAAAGACCACUUUUCAUGUGGUGAUCAUUACAACUCAAUUCCAAUAACUUUAAAUAAUCUUAACAUUGCUGUUGUACUAUGUAAAGAAACAAAUAACAAAAACUUAAAACCUAAUAACUCAUUAGAUUUGCGCAUCCUGUGUAAAGCAACAAAAAAGGUACUUUAUUUGAAAAACAAAAGAAAAUGUAGCUGCAGUGUUGAAACCGCGAAUAUGCAGUUACAUCUAGAACAUAUCAAGGCUAAAAAAAAUUACAAAAACACAAAUAGGUUUGUUAAUGUAGUAGUCAAUUCUAGUUCUUUUACAGGAUAUAAUUUUGGAAGUUGAGUGAUCAGUGCAUAGGAAAUUAGUACUUAAGAAAAGGUACCGUGAUAAAAACAAGAAAGUUAAUUAUUUAAGAUCCAUAAACCUUAAAAAAUCAAGUUUCUUUAUUUGAAGUUUCAUUAAGAGAUGUAACCAAACUUCUCAUGUUGUUUUUAUUUUCCUGCCAAUUACUUACGAGAAGUCAUGUUUCCGAUUUCAAAAUAAUUGACAUUUAAUUUGUUGAACUAAAAUAACUUACAGCAAAAAAAUAUUGUGAAAAAAAUAGUAUCAUCUUUUAACAACACUGUAUCAUUCUACUUAUCCAACUCUACCAAUGACUUGAUCACCUAUAAAUCAAUGAUACCAGCGCAAAGUAAAUAAAGUUGUUGAACAACA